CGUGGGUUUUACAUUCGAGAUUCCUUAGCAACUUUUGAGUUUGAAAGGACUAUAAAAGCUGAUGCUCAAUUCAAAGAUUUCACAAACCACAGCUUCAGAGUACUCUUCUAUAUCUUAUCCUAUUUUAUCUCAGGUAGAAAGUUUUAAAAGAAAAAUGCUUUCUCAGAUCGUCAUCUUUGCCAUAGGACUAGUUUGUACAGUUGAAAGCUUAGGAGUCGGCUCAGCUGGAUCUGGAGGUUAUGGGGGAAGUAUGGGAGACUUUGGCGGAAGUAUGGGUGGCUAUGGAGGAGGUAUGGGUGGUUAUGGAGGAGGUAUGAGCGGAAUGGGAGGAUACGGAGGAGCAAUGUCUAAGCCUAAACCAUACAGUUUCAACUACCUAGCCAAUGGCAUGGGUGCAAACAGUUUCAGAACUGAAGAGGGAGAUUCUAGCGGAAAUGUGCAAGGAUCUUAUGGCUAUACUGAUGCUCAAGGAUUGUACAGACAAGUGCAGUACACAGCCGGUGCAGCUGGAUUCCAAGCUACAGUGAAGUCCAAUGAACCAGGUACAGACAGUAAACCAGAAAGUCCUGCUGAUGUGAACAUGAUAGCCGAACCUGCACCUGCAGGAAUACAAGAAAAAUACACAAGACGAGCUGGAUCUGGAGGUUAUGGAGGAAAUGUUGGUGGAAUGAGAAUGCAAGGUGGAAUGGGUGGUUUAGGAGGUGAAAUGGGAGGCUAUGGUGGAAUAGGAGGAGGUAUGGGUGGAUAUGGUGGCAUGGGAGGAUUUGGUGGUGGAUCAUCCAGCCCAUUUUCAGGAAUAAGUCGCAGUGGAUCUGGAAAAAGCAUUCACUGAUGUAAAAUGUCAGACAAUUUAACAAAUUAUAUUUGUUUGCGACGUUCUUAUUUAUAUUUUUCGCAUAUUUUUUUUCAAUCAUUUUUAUUAAAGUUACUUAAGUUGUUAAUUGGUUAACAUAAGUUAAUGAUAUUAAUAAUUAAGGAAUGAAAAACUAAUUUGAAAGAAAAUAGUGAAAUAUCAUAAUAUAAUUAUAGAAAUGUUUAACAUAAAAAACUUGUUUUUGACCAUGGUGGACAGUUCUCUUCUUUUUUUAUGUUUUACUUGGUUUGAAAAAAAUUGUUUAACAAAAGUUAAUUGUUUAACAAAAGUUAAUUGUUUAACAUAAGUUUAUGACAUCAAUAAUUAUUAAAUGAAAAACUAAUUUGAAAGAAAGUACUAAAAUAUCAUAAUAUGUAUGGAAAUUUUUAAA